AUGAAUUCAUCAUCUCCGAUAUUGAUUAAUGAUCUGAUUAUGGAGAUCUUAUCAAGACUGCCUUCGAAGUCAGUCGCGAGGUUUCGUUGCGUGUCGAAGCCAUGGGCAUCAAUGCUUAGUAGUCCAUAUUUCAAGAACUUGUUUUCUAUCAGAUCAUCGGCUAAGCCGCGCCUCUUGUUCGCCAUAGAAAAUAACGGUUGGAACUUUUUCUCAUUGGCAAUGCUUGAGAAUCCAUAUGAUCAGGAGUCGAAUCUUGUAGCAGCUGCCGAAUUUCAUGUGAAUAUCUCUCCAGAUAUCGAACCUUGUGAUUUCAUAAGACAUUGUUCAUGUGCCUAUGCUUCUGGCUUGUUCUAUAUCCAUUAUUGUGGAUUCCAGGGUAGACCUUUGAUUUUUAACCCUGUCACUGGACGGUAUGCGAUCUUACCUUACAUUUGCAGAGAGGCUGAUAGCUUUUUCGGGUUUGACCCGGUUGAUAAGCAAUACAAGGCAUUGUUCAUGGAUUUUUCAUUUUCUCCUAGUACUAAUAAAUCUCUUACAUUUGGAGACGGAGAUAUCAAGUACAGUAAGGUAACUUCUUCCUUGCGACAUGAUAUUGCGAGUGGAGGGAUAUGCAUCAACGGGGUUGUGUAUUAUUUUGGUGACACGACGGAUUGUAUUAAUGAUGAUCAUGUUGUAACACCUGAGUUAGUGAUAGUUUGUUUUGAUGUUAGGUCUGAGAAAAUCACGUUUAUUGAAUUUGAAAAGAUUGGUGAAUUGAUAGACUACAAGGGGAAAUUAGCUCUGAUUUAUUGGGGGGAUGAUUAUGCCAUUAAAGAGUUGCAUAUGUGGGUUCUAGAUGAUGUUGAGAAAAAGGAAUGGUCCAAAUAUGCCUACACUUUGACGACUGAUGAUAAAUGUUUCUGUCGUUACGUCGUUGGAGCGACCGCUUCGGGUGACAUUGUGUUUUCAACGAAGUGGUGUGGACCUAAAGAACUGUUUUAUGUUUACUAUUUUAGUCCCGAAAGGAAUAGACUCCAGCGUGUUGAAAUCAAAGGUUUUGGUGAAGCGGCGAGUGAUAAUGGUUUUACCGUUCGUACUUUUGUAAACCAUGUAGAGGAUCUUGAUGUUAAUGAUUUAAAACUACUCAAGUCAUUCCAUUCUCCAGUGCCAAAGCUAAAAUAUGCAUAG